CGGCGGGAAGAUGUGGCUGAAGCCCGAGGAGGUGCUGCUGAAAAACGCCCUCAAGCUGUGGGUGACCCAGAAGAGCAGCGGCUACUUCGUUUUGCAGCGCCGGCGGGGACACGGCGACGGCGGCGGACGCUUUACUGGUCGUCUGGUAGGUGCUCUGGAUGCUGUACUUGACUCAAAUGCACGUGUUGCUCCAUUUCGAAUUUUACUUCAAGUGCCAGGAUCGCCUGUUUACUCUGCCAUAGCAUGUGGUGAGUUACUGAAUGGAUCAGAAGUUUACUGGGCCAUAGCCACUGGUGCCACAACUGAGGAGAUAAAUCAACAUUGGGAGUGGCUGGAACAAAACCUACUCCACACCUUGCCUGUGUUUGAUAAUAAAGAAGAUAUUGUUUGUUUUGUCAGAGGUAAAAUAAAGGCAUUAAUAGCAGAAGAGACCAGCAGUAAGCUUGCGGAGCAAGAAGAGGACCCUGAGAAGUUCAGAGAAGCGCUAGUAAAAUUUGAGGCCAGAUUUAACUUCCCUGAUGCAGAGAAACUGAUUACCUAUUACUCAUGUUGCUGUUGGAAGGGCAAAGUUCCUCGGCAAGGAUGGCUUUACUUGAGCAUCAAUCACCUCUGUUUCUACUCCUUUCUUCUGGGCAAGGAAUUAAAACUUAUCAUUCCCUGGGUGGAUGUUCAGAAGUUGGAAAGAACCUCCAAUAUCUUUAUGACUGACAUUAUCCGUAUCACCACUCAAAGUAAAGAACGUGAUUUCUCCAUGUUCCUUAAUAUUGAUGAGGCAUUCAGGAUAAUGGAACAGUUGGCAGAUGUAACUCUCCGCAGGCUACUGGAUAAUGAGAUCUUUGAACUGGAUCCAGGUCUACAAGAUCCUACUCAGAUCACGAAGAGGGAUCUUGAAUCCAGAGCACGAAAUGAGUACUUCAGAGCCUUUUUCAGGCUACCAAAGAAAGAGAAGCUGCAUGAAAUUGAGGAUUGUUCCCUCUGGACUCCCUUUAGCCGUUGUCACACAGCUGGAAAGUUGUUUGCCUCCGAUAGCUAUAUCUGUUUUGCCAGCAAAGAAGACGGCUGCUGCAAUGUUCUUAUUCCACUCAUAGAGGUGGCUAGUAUCGAGAAGAUGGAGGACACCAGCCUUCUCCCCAAUCCCAUCAUUAUUAGUAUAAAAAGCAAAACAGCCUUUCAGUUCAUUGAGCUGAAGGACAGGGAUACCCUGGUGGAAAAUCUGCUUCUGAGACUGAAACAAGUGAAGACCAAAAGCCCAGCUCUCCAUAAUAGUUUGAAAAGCAGAGAUAUGAACUCUCAUUCAACACAUGCUGACCAUGAAUAUGGACAGUUGAGAAUAGUAGCUUCACAGAGCAAUGACAGCAGUGAAAAUGACAGAAACAACAGAUACCUGCUGAGUGCAGAGGCAUUGAGUUCAGCAUUUCAACCUUCUGGAAUGGAUGGCCUGGACUUUAGGAUGUCUAGGGAGCAAAUCAAAGAGAGACUCUGGAAUGAUCAUUUUGCUGAGUAUGGCAGAACUGUCUGUAUGUUUCGAACAGAGAAAAUUAGGAAACUAGUUGCUAUGGGAAUUCCAGAACCUUUACGAGGCAAUCUGUGGCUCCUUUUCUCAGAUGCCGUGACUGAUUUGUGUUCCCAUCCUGGUUAUUAUGAAAACUUAGUGGAGGUGUCCAUGGGCAUGUGUUGCAUAGCAACAGAGGAAAUAGAACGUGACUUACAUCGCUCAUUACCUGAGCAUCCUGCCUUCCAGAGUGAAACGGGCAUAGCUGCACUGAGAAGAGUAUUGACAGCCUAUGCACAUAGAAACCCCAAAAUUGGGUACUGCCAGUCUAUGAAUAUUUUGACCUCUGUUUUGUUGCUGUAUGCCAAAGAGGAAGAAGCUUUUUGGUUGCUCGUUGCUGUAUGUGAGAGGAUGCUUCCAGAUUACUUUAAUCACCGGGUGAUAGGUGCUCAGGUAGACCAGUCUGUAUUUGAAGAGUUAAUCAAAGAGCGUCUUCCAGAACUAGCUGAACAUUUGAAAGACCUUUCCACGCUGGCGUCUGUGUCUCUGUCCUGGUUCCUCACUCUUUUUCUAAGUAUCAUGCCCCUAGAAAGUGCCGUUAAUGUAGUAGACUGCUUCUUCUUUGAUGGGAUCAAAGCCAUUUUUCAGUUUGGUUUGGCUAUUCUUGAAGCCAAUGCUGUGGAAUUGUGCAACAGCAAGGAUGAUGGCCAUGCAUUGAUGAUUCUUAGCAGGUUUUUAGACCAUGUUAAGAAUGAGGAAAGCCCCCUGCCAUUGAUUGGGAAUCAGCAUGCGUUUUUCAGCGAUGAUAUGGAACCCUGUCCUAUAACCGAAAUAGCGGACCUAAUUCGAGAUUCUUAUGAGAAAUUUGGAGAUCAUUCUGUGGAGCAGAUUGAGCACAUGCGCUACAAACACAGAAUCCGUGUUUUGCAGAGCCACGAAGAAACCACUAAACAAAAUGUGCUCAGAGUGGUCAUCCCAGAUGUUUCCAUUGCUCCAGAAGACCUGGAAGAACUUUAUGACUUGUUUAAGAAAGAACAUCUAAUAAGCUGCUACUGGGAAUGGAAUAGUGCAAUUGUAAUUCAGCGUCAUGACCCCAGCAGACCUUAUGCUGAGCAAUACAGAAUUGACUCUCAGCAGUUCAUUAACCUUUAUAAGCUUGUCUCACCUUGGACAUGUGGUGAACACACUGAGGUUCUAGCAAAAAGAACAUUCCGGCUUUUAGAUGAAAACAUGGAUCAUCUCAUUGAAUUCAAAGGGUUUGCAAGCUGCUUAGAUAUUAUGUACAAUGGAGAAAUGAAUGAAAAGAUAAAACUGUUGUACAAGCUGCACAUUCCUCCUGCCCUCACAGAAAAUGAUAAGGAUAGCCAAUCACCACUAAAGAAUCCUUUGUUGUCAACUUCAAGGCCUCUAGUAAUUGGGAAAUCAAAGGGUGAUGCCAUAGAUUAUCAGAAGCAAUUGAAGCAGAUGCUUAAGGACUUAGCCAAAGAAAAAGAUGCCAAGGUUGAAAAAGAAUUACCAAAAAUGAGCCAGAGAGAGUUUAUCCAGUUCUGCAAAACUUUGUACAGCAUGUUUCAUGAAGACCCAGCGGAGAACGAGUUGUAUCAAGCCAUUGCCACAGUUACUACUCUGUUACUUCAAAUUGGAGAAGUGGGUCAAAGAAGCAGCAGCUCAGGCUCAGAUGAAUUUAGUGAGGACUUCCAGACUGAGGCAUCUACCUCAGAUCAGGAUGUGUUUUUUACUGACACUGUGAAGACCCCAAAGAGUGCACCCUUACCAAUAACUGAAGGUGACUGGAUUGUUUCUUUUGAACAUAUUUUGGCCUCACUUUUAACUGAACAGUCACUAGUCAACUUUUUUGAAAAAUCCUUAGAACUGAAACCAAAACUGGAGAAUGCAAAGAUGAGUCAGUACAGCUUUAAAACAAAUGGCAUGAGCCAACCAUCACGAGGCGAGACUGAGCAUCUAAGUGUACAUUAGCAAAUGGUCAAGAUAGUCUGUGUUACACCAAAGCGCAUCUUGCAAUGUUAAGGCUUGUGGACUAUUUUGAUGAAAUGGUAGUCUGAUAAAUGCAGUUGGAAAGCUACUAUAAAGCCAAAACACAUUGAAUGGGGCUUGGGACACCAUUUGUUGUCUUCUUGAAUGUAAUUUAAAAGAAACUUCCAUCUUCACUGAAGUUGCUGCAGAUGUGUUAACUGGUUCUACAAAAAACAAAGUGGCUCAACUCCUGUGACAACUUCAUCUGGCUACUGACUGCAGGUUUUAUGGAUAGUUGCCUUUUUUGCACUAAUACUGAAGACUUGUUUCAAUGCUGGUAAUUGAAACUAUUAAUAUAUUUGACUCAAGAUUUGUAUGUCUUGCUUUAAUGUUCAGUGUACAUGG